AUGUCUGCGGAGAAACGUUCCUCUGACCUGUCAACUAAGCGUCGAUUAGAACGUCUGCGUCGGCGAAAGCGCGACGUAGAGUCGAUUAGGCGACACUUGGAGGCGGGUGGAGAGUACAUCUCCAAACGUGAAAGAAUCCGUUUGUCUAAAGAGAAACUGCGGCAGAAUCUAGCCACUGGAAUUAAAUUUUGCAUUGACUGUUCGUUUGAGGAUGAUAUGUCUGCAAAGGCAAUGUUUGGUGCUGUGCUAUUUAACUGUUUUUUGCAUGCAUCCUCCUUUGUACAGGAGCGUUCCAAAUUCGCUCAACAGUUAUGCCGAAUCUAUGGCGUUAAUAAGAAGGCGACUAAUCCCUUUAGUCUACACUUAGUCAACUUCAACACAGAAGGCCCAUUGGCUAAAUGCUGUCGGAAAAAAUGUUCCGGAUUUGAUAACUACCAGAUUGGAUUUCAUGCCGGUUCACCCACCAAUGUAUUCAAAUCCAACCAAAUUUUUUAUCUCUCUCCGGACGCGCCCGACCCUCUACUUGAUCUUGACAGAUAUUCCGUUUAUGUUGCUGGUGGUCUCGUCGACGAAAACAUUACAAAAGGAAAAAGUUUGGACACGGCGUCGAAGUUAGGUAUACCAGCCGUACGACUACCCAUUAAGGAAUUCGCCCCUGGCGACUGGUCUCCUCGAAAUCCCGUCAAAUCCUCUGCUCUCCCACUGAAUAUCUUGGUAGAAAUUCUCCUUGCCUUCCUGCAGAACCGUGAUUGGAGAACAGCCCUGGACCAAUGUCUGCCUCAUCGCUUUCGCACCCGAAAUAACUCAGCCUAG